UUGAAAAAACUAAGAUGGCGUCCUAACAACCAAAUUACAUCAAAGUAUUUUGAACAAAUUUUAAGCCUUAAUCCCGUCUGCGCUGAAGAAAUGCCGCCCAAAAAGAAAAAGGGAAAAGGGAAGAAAAAGAAGAAGAAGGAUGAAAAGACCGAAUUAACGAUAGAAGAUAAGUACAAGAGAACAAUGCAAGAAAUAGAAUGUCUUAAAGAUGAACUUGCUGCAAGAUCCGAAAUCGCAAGAAGGUCUAAAGACACAGCAGAUCGCAUGAAAGAAAAGAUGAGAGAAGCAAAGGAAGAGGUGGAAUCAGAGCAGCUUAAUAAACUCGACAUUUCAUCAGGUAAUCUUCAUAGGCCAGAGUAUAAUUCAUGUACACCAUCAGAAUACAGGACACUCUGGUUCGUUACCAGAUUGCUGGGCUGGGAUUUGCAGAUUACAGAAUUUUUUAAGUAAAAUCAUGUUACCGCUGAGUAUAAGGUGUAGCAGC